AUGCGCAUCCUUGUCUCACUUUCCUUCGGGGAGCUCAGUGGCUCAGUAAUUGAAUUUGGGGCAGGAGGCGUGGCUGAGGAUAAGAGCAGGACCCUGGGGAAAGGAUGCAUACCCCCAGGGCCGGUGCCACAGGGCCUGAUCCGCAGCUACAGCACGCUGUUCUGCUCCUGUGCGCUCAGGACGCGCCUUGUCCUCGGGGCCAAAGGCAUCCUACAUGAAGUUAUCAACAUUAACGUGAGAAACAAGCCUGAAUGGUACUACACAAAGCACCCUUUUGGCCAAAUUCCUGGCCUGGAGAACAGCCAAUGUCACCUGAUCUAUGAAUCAGUCGUCGCUUGUGACUACCUGGAUGGCACUUACCCGGGGAAGCAGUAGCCCCAUGAGCCUUAUAAGCGAGCUUGCCGGAAGAUGUUAUUGGAGCUAUUCUAUCAGGCCCCACAUUUGACCAAGCAGUGGCUGGUACCAUUGAGAUGUGGGAGACAGUGUGCUGAUCUGAAGCCAGCCCUGUGUCAGGAAUUCAGCUCUCUUGAAGAGAUACAAAAAGAGGCCCCUCUCCUGGUCAGAUAUAGUGGAAGAAGUGAUGCAGCGUCCCCAAUCUGCUCCCCCAGACACCCACUGCUUUCACGGACUUAUUCUUUCUGCCAAACUUUGAUAAGUUUGGCUACUGAUCAUCUAAUUUUAACUUGUGAAUGUUUACUCUCCGCUAACUGGCUCUGGAAUUAUAUUCUUGAAAAUCUGUCAAGGAGUUGGGAAGGAUAUGUGGUGAAUUUCUUCCUUUCCUGGAGUCACCACAUCUGUUAA